GUCCAAACAUGUAAAUAAUUGGACUCUAGACAUUUUCAAACAAGGUGUUCCUACUGGCAGUUCUGUGGGAUGAAUGAACUCUGAUUCGGCAUGACGACCGGUUAGCUUCCUCCGGCGUCCCCUUCCACGUGACUUCCACAAAUCUUCACCUACUCCCCAAUCUCUCACCCUCACUCUCUCUGCGUGCGAUCCCCUGCUCCCGCACCGCCCAUUGCUUUUGCUUCCCAGCCCGCCACCCCCCGCCAGGCACGAGAAGCAGUUCUUGUCAAAGGGAGAAGGGGAGGUUCAGGUGGCUGGGAAAUCAAUUUCUUUCGGACGUCGGUCGAGUGGAUUCUGUACGUACUUCAGGUGGCAGCACAUACUAAUAAAUUUUCCUGGCUCCGCCACUGCAUCCAGCUGCUUAUCCUUGCAAUGGCGUUCAAAAUCAUCCUAAGUAUCGUACACAAGGAUGGCGAAAUACUCAACCCUAUAGUUAUUCAAUUCGUCGUCGCCCUCACUACAGCGCUCAUGGUGACCCGAUUUGUGCUGGAUGCUUUGCGGCAUCGGUCAACAGGCAAGGCCAUGAGAAUGACUCUGAUCGUUAUGGACGCAGUAACCCAAGCAUUGACCAUAUACAGUCUUGGGAUCAUGCAACGCCCCUCCGAUAAGGACUACUACUACAAGGUGUGGGCUGUGCUGUUGGUCACCCUCCGUUACAGCGUCAAGAUAGGCCGCCCGGCCGGCAUCGCCCUGAAGCAAACCCCGUUGGUAGACCUCAUGUCCUCCUUCUGGUCUGCCAACAUCCUUCGCUCCAAGGCACCCAGGAUUCUCAAGGUAACUGGUUGGCUGCUUUGGUCAGUCAACUCUUUACGCAUCAUCUAUGGUUUUAUCUCCUCUGAAUUUGCCAACGAUAGCCACAGAGAGGAUUUGAGACUAUUAACAGAGUACAUGCGUCAUGAGCACGAAGCUGGUGGUGGGGGUGAUGGUGACCCUGUCACAAUGAAGGGGUACCGGUACUUGGUGCGGGGCGAAGCCAAGAAACGGAAGAUGAAGAAGAACGAAACCGGCGGACAAGCAAGAGAUACUGGUAUGGUGGAGGAAACUGGGAAUAUCAGGAGGCUCUUGCUGGCGUUGAGAGAGGAGCACAAGGAGAUCCUGACGCUUGAGAAGAUCUGGGAGGAGCCGGCCGAUCCGGCUGACGCCCUUGACGAGGAGCUCAAGGACCUUUGCCUCUCCUUUGCACUCUACAAGCUUCUUCGCAGGCGCUUCUUCAACUUCGGCAUUCAUGAGGCCAAGCUGAAAAGGACAAGACGGCUGGUUCUUGAUGGGAUCCUCGGUGAGCCCUGCAACUCCGAAAGGGCGUUCCGUGUCAGCGAGGCUGAGUUGUCUUUCCUCAAUGACUUCUUCAACAGCAGGCAUGCCAUAGUAUUUGCGAAAGGCUUCCCAUUCAUCCGGCUCCUGCUAUCCACCAUUCUGAUAGGAGGGAUUGGAGGCAUGGCGGUUGCUAUCUAUAGCUUUUCCAAGGUUGGCACAAGAGACGAGCUCGGCAAUGUUCAUGGUGGAGUAACUUUUACAUGGUUUCUCCUGUCGUUUCUUUUUGUAAAAGAGACAUGGGAGAUCAUGACUUACGUGUUCUCAGACUGGACCAAGAUAAUUUUGUUGUGCCAGUACGUACAGAAGCCAUGGUGGCUGCGAAACUCGGUGACCAAGGCUCUUGUGCGGAACCUCUGUAAGCUCUCUGUGCCCUGGUUGCCAAGAUGGCAUGGAAAGGUUGGUCAAUGCAACAUUCUCUUCCCAAUCCGUUUUGCCUUCCCACUGCGGUUUUUCUUUGGAGCAAGAUAUUCUAGGUACUUUGUAUAUCUGUCAACGGAUGUGAAGGGUACUGUGAUGAACUGUCUCAGAGACUGCUUGGCCAAAUGUCCCGUGCGGUUGGACAACUACCUUGAGCGGGCAUUCGUUCAUGUCAAGGCUGUUGGUUUUCCUGCAAGUGUCAGGGGAGCGGUCACUGGAGUGGAGGACUGUGUGCACAUUCUGCUGGUUUGGCAUAUUGCUACGUGCUACUGCGAGAUUCAUCUCGCUAAAAGAAGAAAGGUGAAAGCCACUCCAAAUCUUGGGGGGUCUCCAUACAUGGUCGCUAGGACAUUAUCACAGUACUGUGCGUAUGUACUUACACUGGUUCCUCCUCUAGUGCCUGGGAACAGUCUAAUGGGUAGAUCGGUGCUGAUAAAGAUGUAUGAAGAAAAAUGUCGUCUUCUCCUCGGACCCUACAACUCCAGCACCCAUUGUACAUUGCGGGACCAUAUCCUUGUAAGGCUCGAAGAAUAUGCAUCAGGGGACAUACAUUUGUAUGACGAGGAAAAAGACAACACCAUAUUGAAGAAGGGGGCAGCUCUUGGCAAGAAGCUGAUACAAGCGAUCCGCGGUGAUGAUGAUACGCUGGAAGAUCAUCAUAUUGAAGAUCUGUGGAGGUUCUUGUCGGAGUUCUGGGCCGGAUUCGUUAUCCACUUGGCUGCAUCUACAAGGGCUUCUCACCACAAGAUAUAUCUGAGCUCUGGCGGGGAGUUCAUGACACAUCUCUGGGCGUUGCUAACCCAUGCCGGCAUCCUAGGGGAGGUCCAGCACGGCGACCAAAAUAUUGAUAACGCACUAACGCAAGGAGAUGAUUAUGAUCGGACUGUGCAGUAUUAGGUGGGAAAAUCUGCAGUGCCGUUUCAUGUGAAAAUGUAUGACGAUUAGUGGGGUUCGAAAUAUGCUUCAGCUGGUGUCUAAUUAAGAAGCUAUCCCAGGUGACACGCUGGGCGCCUGGGUCAGAAGGAUUUGCAAUGGGUGACGAUCUUCGACUUGCUCGAGGGAUCAAAGCUGGAGGUUGCUUGUGUGUAUUUGAAGUUCAUCAAUAUCCCUAGUUAUUUGUUGCUAGUUCCUGUUGUAGCUUGAAUGCCUGGUUUCGUUGACUAGAUGUUAAUUUACUGUCUUUAAUUAAAAAAAAUCAUCUAACGGUGCGGCUUGUGCACUGGAGGUGUAUGGAUCAAGGUCAUGUAAAGACUCAAACUCCAUUUGCUUCACUGGAAAUUGGGUCAUGUGGCCCCUUUAUCCAGAAAAAGUGAGAAUGUAUCUGUUUGAUUCA